AAUGUCUUAUGGACAGAAACCUGCUUGGGCUAGAUCUCAAGGCUCUCAACAGCAAUUGAACCCAAAUUUGUUUACUGGCCAAUUGGGCCUUGCAACGACUGGACAAUCAUUUGGAGGAAUUCCAGGAAUGCCUUUAGCCGGUUUAGUUAAUCAAGCUGCUUUUUCAAGUACAAUGGGGAUGAAUAUGCUUGCUCAAGCUCAACGUUCUCAAAUGCUGCAACCUCAACAACAACAAAUUCAGCAAGUACAAUCACGCCAACAACAAUCAUCACAGCAGCAGCCAUCUUCUUCUCCUGCUCGCUCUCAACGUACUUUUAUUGGUGUUAUUACUAAAAUGAUGGAAACUUAUGGAUUUGUUGAUGAGGAUGUUUUCUUUCAGACAAGUGUUAUUCGUGGCACAAUGCCUCGUCUUGGUGACCGUGUUAUGGUAGAAGCAAAUUACAAUCCUUCAAUGCCGUUUAAAUGGAAUGCUUAUCAAGUUCGUCUUAUUAAUGACACUUCUCAAGGCGGUGGAGGUCUUCAACAACAACAAGCUAGCCGUCAGUUACCACCACCACAACAACAAAAUGGAAUGAGUUCGUCAAAUCGUUGGGCUGGUAGUGGUGGUGGUGGAGGAGGAAGUAGUGAUCGUCGUAGUAACAUUAGAGAUGAGCCGCGAAGACAAGUACCUUCUACAAUUCCUCGUCGUUCUUCUCCAGUAGCUAAACGUCCAUCUUCGCGUCAACGUACUCCACCACGUCGUACAACACCUCGUAAGCGCGAAGCGUCGCCUAGAAGAGAAGCUUUUGGAAGGAAGGAGCGAGAACAUGAUCGUGGUGAUUCUUCUUCAGUUCGUGGACAAUCUACUAAACUCGAUGCUGAUUCUUCGCCUCCAAGACGUCGUCAACGUAUCAUUCCUCGUUAUCAUUGUAAUAUGCCGAAGCAGACUUUGCCUUUGGGUGAUAUGAAGAACGCUGAUUUGCGACGACGCUAUGCUAGUUUAUAUAUUCCGUCCGAUUUUAUUCGAUGCAGUUUUGAUUGGAUUUCUUCUAUUCCGCUUGAGACGCCAAUCAAAUUCUCUCCACAUCCAAUCAACUUUCAUGUUUUGCAUAAAGAUAUUGAUGCUCCUUUGGCUUUGGGGGAAGAGGCUCCGAUUGAAAAUCCUGUUGAUGCUGAUUAUCGUUAUAUUGUUAAGGUAAUGCUUAUUUCACAUCCUGGUUUAAUGACAAUCCGUCGUAAAUUGAGUGGACUUAUGUCAGACGGAAGUAUUGAUGAAGCUACAGAAACUCAACCAUUAACAAAAACAAUUCAAUUACUUGUUGGUCAUCGCGGCAAAGGCGAAUAUAUGUGUAUUGGAGGUCCAUGGUCUCCUUCUUUGGAUGGUCAAAAUCCUUUGGAUCCUGUAACAUUGGUUAAAACUGCUAUUAGAACUACUAGAGCAAUGACUGGGUUAAAUCUGUCUGACUGUUCUAAAUGGUACAAAAUUGCGCACUUGCGUUACUUGCGUGCUGAACGUCAACGUAUUGAUUCUGUUGUUCUAAUGCUUCCGGAUACAAGCGCAAUAGAAAGUUUUAAAGUUGAUGAGGAAAGCUACAAAAUUUGUGAACAAUUGUUACGUGAUCAACUUGCCGUUAAAUUGGCGGCAAUUGAUGCUGAACAAUUCAAUGAGAAGAAAGAAACGGAAGGGGAAAAUGUUGUUGAUGGGGAAAAGUCUGUUGUUGAAAAGGGUGUUGAUGGUGGGGGGAUAGAAAAGGCUACCACAACGACGACUGCUACUGCUGCGACUUCUGCUGCUACUUCAUCAACAUCAACGUUGGUUGCUACUUCUGCUCCUGAAGUUGGUGUUGAACCACCAUCAAAAGAGAAUAAUGCUGUUCCUGAUCUUUGUAUUGCUACUGAGGAGGUUCUUUGUUAUUUUGGCAAAAAAUAUGAUGGUGGUGUUGGUGCUAUGGACUCAUCAUCUCCUCAAAAAUCUGCUGAUACUUCUCAAGAAACUCUUCAAUCUCCCAAAAAGGAAACUAAAACACAUUGGUCUUUGUUGGAACCUGUUGUUCGUACAAUGAAGGUUGCUGAGCUUCGUGAAGAACUUGAAUUGCGUGGACUUGAUUCUAAAGGAUUAAAAAAUGUGUUGUCUCAACGUUUGUCUGAAGCUAUUGGAAAAGAAAAGGAAAAUGAUGAGAAAAAUGAGAAUCAAGUAGGGCAACAACAACCACAAGAAAAGCCUGCAGAUGAAGCAAUGCCUGAUACUGAACAGCAACAACAAAAUUUGGUUUCAAAGGAACAACAACAAGAAGUAGCAAAACCAAAUGAACAACAACCUCCUGCUCAGAAAACAACUAGUGAACCUAGUAUAAUGGUUAAAAUAAAGGAAGAAAUUAUUGAAUUGAUGGAAACUGAUGAAGCGGAAGUUAAUCAAAAUGGGAUCCUGAUAAAGCAAUAUUCAUUAUUCUCAAUUUAUGAUAAUUGUGAAUUCUUGAAUAAGAUUUGUCGGUUCUGGAGAAAUUUGGAUAUCUGGAAAAAAUCUAAUCUUACAAGGGGAGUGACCGCGAAUUUAUAUAUUUUUUGGUACCAUUUGAUAGAGGAUCCCCGACCACCUAUUUCGAAUUCCGUGUUAAAACUUUACUUUAAAUUUAAUCAUUUCUCUUCUUUUUUUAAGCCGGAAGAGAAGAAGGAAUCACCUGAAGAACAAGCAAAACGUGAAAAAUUGGAAAAGGAACGUCAAGAAUUGGAAAAAGCUAAAGAAAAAUUUGAAAAAGAAAAGAAAGAACGCAAAGCUACUUUAGAACGUCAUUAUAGCCAAAUUCCUAAAGAACCUGGAAUUUUUGUUUAUCCUAGCAAAACGGCAAAAGGUGGAAAAUUUGAAUGUAAAUUGAUGUCUAUACAUUCUUUAUUGGAUUAUCGUCAGGAUGAUAUUAAAGAAUCGUCUUUUGAGGUCUUUAUAUUUGUUGAAGCUUUACGUGAAGCAAUUGAUCGUUCCAACGCUUUUGUUGUUUAUCACUCUGUGGCAACUUGUUUAGAUCGAGAAGCUGAAAAGAAGCGUCGAAAUGAAACACUUUCUGAAGCUUGUAAAGAUGAAGAUGUUGUUGUAAUAAAUGAAAGUAGUGGUGGUGGAAGUGGAGGUGGGGGAGGAAAGGAAAAAGAAGAAGAAAAAGAAAAGGAAGGGAAUAAGGAAGGAAGUGGCGGUCAAAAUUCUGAUAAACAACCACCAAAAUCACCUCUAAGUUCUUCAACAGAUUUGCGAACAAAUUUUAAGGCUAUAGUUCACAAUUUGGACCUGUUUUCAGCUUUUGUACAUUUUGAUGGAAAUAUUUGCGGUUAUUUGACUGAUCGCGAUUUGGAAGAAAUUAUAAACUCUACAGGAUUAGACUUGUCUCGUGGUGAAGUUAAAAAUUUGGUUAAAAAAUUGGUUUCAAAGGAACGUGUUAAUUAUCGUGAUUUGACUGAUAAAUGGGUUGAUAAAGAAGGGAAUGUUAAAUAUAUUCCUGAACCUAUAUAUCAAGGAGGAGGAAGUUUGUUUGAGAGUUACAAGGAGUUGGCUAACGGACAUGCUAAUUUGGAACUGCUGUCAGUUUCUUCAAAUAAUAAUUUACAAACACCUAAUGAGGCUUCUUCUGACAUAUUCUUUUAUGAAGGCAAAAUUGUUAAUAUUAAACAAUGUAUUCAACAACAACAAGCUAUGGAAGAAGAACGUCAGGCUGUUUUGGAUAAAAAUAAUGAAUUGGAUUUACAAUUGAAAACAACAAAAGAACAACGUGAUAUAUUAGAAAAGAAAAAGCGUCGUCUUGAAGAUGAUGUUGAUCGUUAUAGAAAAAAAUUGCAUGAUGCAGAAAAAAAUUUGAAGAAGGAAAAGGAUGAUAAUGAAGUUUGUAAAAGGUCUUUGACUGAUUGUAAACGUUAUGGACAACGAAUUAUUUCAAUUGUUGAAAGUGUAUUUCCUCCACCACCGCCUCCUAAAGUUGCUACAAAGGAAGGGGAAAAUAUUAAAAAUAAUAAUGGUGAAAAUGGAGGAGGAAAGGAAGCUGGCAAGGAGGGUGGGAAGGAAGCUAAGGAGAAUAAAGAAAGCAAGGAAACGUCAGCUUCUGAUGUUGUUGUUCUUUUGGAUGAAUGUAAAGAUGAUACUACAACUAAUAAUUCUUUUAAGGAAGGCAAUAAUAAGGCACAAAAAGAUGAUGGUGAUUUAAUUACUGAACCAAUAAGUGUUGAAAUGGUUGUGGCUGAAGGAGAAGGUGGUGAAGUGACCAAACAACAAGUGACUAAACAAGGAGUUGAUGAUGUUGAACAAAAUUUGGAAAAUAAAAAUGAGGGUGGGGAAGAAGGGAAGUGA